AUGAUUCUUGGAUCUCCCCGCUCAUAUCCAUUUCUCAAGGCUAAGGAUGAAGAUGAGGCAGAGGAUGGUGAUUUUGCCGGUGAAUAUGACUCCGCGGGCUAUUCUAACACUCAUUGGACCGAUGCGACAAAGGCAGCCGUCCCAACCUUACGCGAGCUAUUUCAGUCCUCUCCGAUUCGAGCAUUUGAAGCCACACCGACCUCGGCCCUCUACAAAUCUCUUGUCCGUGUCUCACCCGAUCUGCGCCCUAUGCUGCUCGACGUGGUUCGUAGGCAGGCGCAGAAUGACGAAGACAAAGUCAAGGUCUCGUUCUCAUGGGAUGUUAUCGCAGAAAUAUUCUGUCUAACCCAGCAGAAUGAUGACGUUCUGCGACUGGCAGAGAAUACGCUUCAUUAUCACUCGUACCAUCCGGAGGAAAUGAUCGCGAGUAUUAGUCUUUUCUCACAGAUUAAGUCCGGAUGGUGUGAGAUCAACGAGGCGUUUCCAGAGUGGCAGAAUACAUGGGUAUGGCUUUGGGACGCAAAAAAUGAGGGUUUGAUUACAGUCAAGCUUGUCCCGAAUGCUACACCGUACGAACAAUACCAGCAUCAGAAAUCUCUUGAUCGGUUCGCGCGCAAGAUCAGGGGCGGGUAUCUGGCUCGCGACUAUACCGAGGACCUGGAGGGCGUGAAUGAAGGUGACAGUGAUUAUGAAGUGGAGAAGGCACGAAGGCGUCCUAAUAUCAGGGGGGAAGGUGGCGCGUUUAGCCCGUUCUGGUAUAAGACCGGUACGCAUCAACACUCGUCUCCCCAUCACUUCCCGGAACUUUCUAUCCAGCCAAAACAUCCCUCCGUCCAACGCGAUAUUUUCGCGAUGGACCGAGGUCAUUCGAGCGAUAUAGUGCCUUCGCCUGCAACCGCGACGGACCAUGUCCUAGUCUCCACCUCCUCUGAGAAGCCGUGGCCACCCGUUAAGCGUCUUCCAGAUGAGCUACUCAUGAUUAUCUUCGCCAUGGUCUGGGAUGUCAUGCUGAAGAAAGGAGACAUCACGAGCUGGGUUGGCUUAACGGUGGUAUGUCGACAUUGGCGCGCUGUAACUCUUGCGACACCUGUUUUAUGGUCUGCGAUUCUAUGCCGUGCAUGGUCGCCUACUCACUGGCACAAAUUUGUGGAGCGUUCCCGGAAUAAGCCACUAAGAAUCAGCAUCGGCAUGCCGCUGGACGAAGCGUUCAUCUUGGACAUGAUCCCGGAGCUUUCGCGCCGACUUGCUUUCUUAGGCAUGGGAACGGAGAGUCGGGCUGAAGAACUGCUUCCGGAUCUUAUAUUCUGCAUGCCUAGAUUGAGGUUGCUUCGCGUGCAUUGCUCGAAGAACGUCGAAUAUUUCUGGGAUCUUCCUCAGCAGCCCGACCAAAUCUUAUUCCCAAGUCUUUACUCGCUUGAUUUGGGAGGCGUUGCUCUGCCGUGGACUUCACGCAUUCUUCGCUCCCUGGUGACGCUUGGGUUAGCCAACCUGUACCAGAACGCGCCAACAACGGAGGAACUCCUGGCAAUCCUAGCGGCUUGUCCCGUGCUGAGUAUGCUGUCACUGUGCGAUUGCGGUCCGUCGCCUCCAACCACUCCAUUCUCCCAGUCCUUAGCCAAAGUCACACUAGAAAAGCUUGUCAGACUCCGGAUGGAAGCCGAGCCGCUUGAGAUAUUUCAUCUCAUAUCUCGCCUGUGCAUUUCCGAGUCCUGUGACUUGAAAAUCAAAACAAACGUAGUCAACCAUGGAGGAUUCGGCGAGGCUCUCCGUGCCGCGUUUCCUUCCGAUAGGUCGUCGCUUCCUGUCUUCAAGAUGUGUCACAAGGUCUCUGUCGGGAUUGUGGUCGACUCCACUAAUCAUUGUCACAUCCACCUUGUGGGGUACGGUCUUCAUGCGGAACCUCGUUUCUCAUUCGUGAUUUCUAUGCAAACUGAUUUGACCUCUGGAAAGGGGGCCCUUGACAGCUUGUUUGAGGCCUUGCCAGAAUUCUUUCCCUCUUGCAGAUCGUUAUCCCUUGUCGCAGAUUUUGCACUGUUUCUUGGGAUCGCUGUGGAUCCUCCGUGGGACACGCUCCUCGCCUCCCUAUACGACCUGGAGCAACUGCGGAUUGGCUAUGUUGCAGACACAUCUGAACUACUUCAUGCGCUCUCCCGGGUGGCCAAUUCUAGCGAUUACACUGUACCAAUGUGCCCUCAUCUCAAUAUCCUGAUGAUCUCUUGUAAAGAGGGUUGUAUUGACUUCUCCCGGCUAGUCAACGUUCUGGAAAAGCGGGCAUCUUGUGGUAAGCGACUACAGUCGCUAACGAUACCUCGGUUGGUCGCAAACGGUUAUGUCGAGGGAAUACGUCGUCUUGUGGAAAAAGUGAUCGAGGUACAACCAGACAAUGGAUCAGGAGAUAAAUGGCGAAGGGUAUUCUGCGACGAACCAGAAGAUGGUCCGUGGGGAGAUAAAUGGCAAAGGGAGUUCUGCCCCUCGUACCAGCGGGAAUAUGGGUCUUUUUAG